AACACUAUCUCCUCACCUCACCAACAAAACACAAUCACAAGAAACAAAACAUUCAAACAGAAACAAAAUGUUGGCAAUAUUCCAGAAAGCAUUUGCUCACCCACCGGAAGAGCUCAACAGUCCGGCGUCUCACUCCACCGGCAAAUCCCCAAAACUCCCCGGAGAAACCCUCUCCGACUUCCUCUCCCUCCACGAGGACACCGCUUUCUCCAUGACCUUCGGCGACUCCUCCUCCGCCGUCUUAGCCUACUCCCGCCCCCACGGCAACUCUCUCCGCAAGAGGCUGUUCUGCGGGAUAGACGGGAUCUACUGUACCUUCCUCGGCACGCUAACCAACCUCUGCACGCUGAACCGGCAGUACGGGCUCACUGGGAAGAACACGAGCGAGGCCAUGUUCGUGAUCGAAGCCUACCGAACUCUCCGCGACCGUGGUCCUUACCCUGCUGAUCAAGUCCUCAGAGGUUUAGAAGGAAGCUUCGCCUUCGUGGUGUACGAUACUCAGAGCUCCUCUGUUUUCUCGGCUCUGAGCUCAGAUGGAGGGGAGAGCCUUUACUGGGGGAUCUCCGGUGAUGGGUCUGUUGUGAUGUCUGAUGAUGUGAAGAUCAUAAAGCAAGGAUGUGCUAAAUCGUUUGCUCCUUUCCCUACUGGGUGUAUGUUUCACAGUGAGACAGGGCUUAAGAGCUUUGAACAUCCGAGGAACGAGAUGAAGGCGAUGCCGAGGAUUGAUAGUGAAGGUGUGUUGUGUGGUGCUAAUUUCAAAGUGGAUGCUUGUUCUAAGGUUAAUGGCAUUCCUAGGAGAGGAAGUGAAGCUAACUGGGCUCUUGCUAACUCUCGUUAACUUUCUUCUUAUGAUUGUAGCUCUUGAGUUGUUCUGCUCACUUUCUUUUUACCUGCUUUGUUUUAUGUAAUUAUUAGACCUUUGAUGCCAUAUCAAUAAAGAAACUAAAUUGCAUCUUA